ACACAAACAAAACAGAGAGGGUGAGCGCUAUGCGCAACAGGUGGCUCGCAACCAGCGACGACGAGGAUGACGCACCACCACCACCUCCUCCAUCACGUUCCUCCAACACCGACGAAGUCCAAGAGAAUCAAAGGAAGCGGAAAAAACUGAAGCUUAACGAAGAAGAGGAGGAGGAAGAAGAGGAGAGGAGAGAGAAAAAGAAUGCGAGAGAAGAAGAACAACCCGAGAGCGGUGACGAGGAAGAAAAAGAAGAUGAGGCGGUGCAGGAGGAUGCUAAGCCUAUUGGAGAGGUUGUUCGGGUCUCUGGAAAAGGCCGAGGAAAGCGCAACCAUUACAAGUCAUUUGAGUUCGAUGGCCUUGAAUAUAAUCUCGAGGAUCCUGUGCUUUUAGCUCCCGAGGAAUCACAUCAAAAGCCUUAUGUGGCCAUAAUUAAGGAUAUUACUCAAACCAACGACGGGAGCAUGAUGGUUACUGGUCAGUGGUUUUAUCGUCCAGAGGAAGCAGAGAAAAGAGGUGGUGGAAAUUGGCAGUCAAAUGAUACAAGAGAACUAUUCUAUAGUUUCCAUCGCGAUGAAGUGCCAGCAGAAGCUGUGAUGCACAAGUGUGUGGUGCACUUUAUUCCUUUAAAUAAGCAGAUUCCAAAACGUAAACAGCAUCCCGGGUUUAUUAUGCAGAGGGUAUAUGACAAUGAACGAAGUAGACUUUUUAAUCUAACAGGUAGAGAUUAUGAAGAUAACAAACAGCAUGAGAUUGAUGAUCUCAUUCAGAAGACUUCUGCUCGAUUGGGAGAUCUUCCUGACAUUGAGACUGAAGGUAACACUGCUGAUCAGGAAGAUCAGUUGAGAAAUAAAGGACUGCUUAGGAAAAAGAACAUGCCAACUCCAAAAGUUUCAAGGGAGGAAGAAACAAUCACCAGUUCUGGUCAACCUCUAAGAACCGAAGCACUGGGAAGCUGUACCAGAAGUGUUUCUGAAUACUACAAUAUCCUAUCAAACUUCAAGGCCUUAACUGGUGAAAUGCAGCGUGACAAGUGGUUAGAAAAGCUUCUCCAAGCAAUUCAAUUUAUGUGUUCGUGUAUAGACAGCAGCAGGCAAAAUGAUGGUAAAAAAAGCGUGGAUCUGAUGGCACUGCUGCCCCUGCAAGUGGAAAGAAUCUGGUUUGCCACUAAUCCGAGAGAUAACAGUAAAUUGUCGGAACGUGGAAGUAGAAGGGCAAACAUUUUUUCUGAGGCUGGCUUAUCUUUCCGAUGGCCAGAUGCUGCUGUUCCUGCUAUAGCUGCUCUUGAGAAGGCUUCACAUGAGGCUCAUUCCUCAGAUUUUCAGAAGUAUAACCAGAAGAUGCGGCAGCUGACUUUCAAUCUUAAGAACAAUGCAGGAUUAGCAGAGAGAUUAUUAAGUGGAGAGUUGGAACCUGCAAAAAUACUUAACAUGUCGCCUACCGAGUUAAAGGAAGGUUUAACAGCAGAGGAGCUAACAAGAAAGCAACCCGAGGAGUCUGAGCGGAUGCAGAUGACCGAUGCUCGCUGCAAAAGAUGCAUGGAGAAAAAUGUUGGUCUGAUAGACAUUAUUCAAGCUGGACGUGGAAAUCGAUAUCAGGUGGGACAAGUAAAUUAUUCAGAACCCAAUUUAAAGCUCAAUCAAGUGCCUCCUGAAAAGUACCAUGAAAGAAACAAGAUUGUUGUUGAGUUGGAAUGUAUUGCAUGUGGGAAUACCUGGUAUGCUUCAAGCGAUGAAGCAUCUACACUGACAAUAGACAGGCCAAAUUCUGUCAGGAGUGUUGGCAUUGCCCCAUGGGCCACUGCCAAAUUUGAAGAUGUUGAGAAGAAAUUGUUGAGUCCCCGUGAAUCUGAGAAGUCAAUCAACGAUGCUUUAAAAAAAACAACAGAAGCUCACAUGCCCGUGUUGGCCAACCAGAGAUCAUUCAACAAAUCCUGA